AUGGAUCGCCAGCCUGACGCCGGUGUUAUGAUGACGCCAGAAGGCCGCACCGCUGAUGGCUUCGAGACUCAGCUAGGCAUCAACCACCUCGCCCACUUCCUGUUAUUCAAUCUUCUCAACUCUGCCCUUUUGAAAUCCAAGACACCGGAAUUUAACUCUCGCGUUAUCUUCUUGUCUUCUAUUGCGCAUCGCACAGGAGGACUCAACUUUGAUAACAUCAACCUCGAUAAUGCUUGUCACCCCUGGAUUGAACGCCGCUAUGGUGCACUUGGGCUCCAUGCCUUCAGCGUCCAACCUGGCCCUACAGGUACUGGUCUAUACCAGCACUUAUCGGCAGAGGAUAUUGCCGCGUCGCAGUCAGACCCCGCUCUCGGUAAGAUCUUUAAGACCCCCCAGCGGGGUGCUGCUAUCUCGGUGUGGGGCGCUGUGGCGAAGGCCUUGGAAGGAAAGGGUGGCAAAUAUCUCGAGGAUUGUCAGAUCUCCAAGGAGUGGUAUCCUGCAUCUGGCGAGUGGGCACCAGGUCAUGCUUCUUUUGCCUAUGAUGAGAAGAAGGAGGCUGAACUUUGGGCCAAGUCCGUGGAGUUGGUGGAUUGAAGGAAUGAAGUCGUCGAUUCGAUGCCAUGGUGUCUGAGCAAUAUGCGUAGACAGCUAUUACCCGUUGGCAUUGUGGGGCUGGGCCGCCUACCAACCUCGUCCCAACAAUGCCAACGGGUAGUAGAGUAGUCUCCCUAGUCCCGGAUUCCUAGCCUGCCGGCAUUAAAGACCCAGGUCUCUAAGAAUCCGGUCUCAGGGGCUCAGAUCCCUAGGAAUCCGGUCUCAGGACCGGCGUUUCAGGCACCUCAAGGAAGUCGUCACAGCCCAGAUAAAUAGCUAGUCUCCCACCCACAUAGAUAGCAAGGCAAGG